AUGUCCUCUAGAAUCGCCCAAAUCCGCCUUGUAAGCUCUCAUCCAGAGGUUUAUGAACCGUGUGAUGAUUCAUUUGCUCUAGUAGAUGCUCUUUUAGCAGAUCGAAAGAACCUGUUAGAGCAUCAACCAACAUUGUGCCUGGAACUGGGUUGUGGCAGUGGCUAUGUAAUUACUUCUCUAGCUCUUAUUGUUGGCCAGGAGGCACACUAUAUUGCAACUGAUAUCAACCCCCAUGCAGUGAGGGUGACUCGUGAGACAUUAGAAGCACAUGGGGUUCAUGCAGAGUUGAUAACCACGAACAUUGCAUCAGGACUGGAGAAGCGUCUAGCAGGAUUGGUUGAUGUUAUAGUUGUGAAUCCGCCUUAUGUGCCGACCCCUGAAGAUGAAGUGGGUCGUGAAGGAAUUGGCUCUGCUUGGGCCGGAGGGGAGAAUGGCCGUAGCGUGAUUGAUAAGAUACUGCCUGUUGCUGACAAUCUUUUGUCGGAGAAGGGCUGGUUGUACUUGGUCACUCUUACAGAAAACAAUCCCUCAGAGAUAUGCCUUCAAAUGAAAGAAAAGGGCUAUGCUUCCAGAAUCAUUGUCCAGAGAUUGACAGAAGAAGAAAAUCUACAAAUCAUCAAGUUCUGGCGGGAUUUUGAUUCUCAACUAGAAGCAAAGGGAAUGGUAGCAAAUAAAACAGUUUCUUCGAGGGUCAUGGAGUCUUUGCUCUCUCAGUUCCAUAUAAUGCCGUUUCUUAGAGGCAGUAACAAACAACAGUAG